UAUGACUGGUCUUAUUGCCCGUGUGAAAGAAUUAUUUAAAGGGCAUCCCAAUCUUAUUUUGGGUUUUAACACCAUUGUUCCUAAACGUUUGGAAAUUGAGUUUGACCGAGCCCUUAAUUAUGUCAAUAAGAUCAAGACUCGGUUUCAAUAUGACGAACAAGCAUACAAAGCUUUUCUGGAAAUUUUGAAUAUGUAUCAGAAGGGAAACAAGACAACGAGUGAAGUGUGUCAAGAGGUGGCUUCAUUGUUCAAGGACCAUCAAGAUUUGCUUGAGGAAUUUAAUUAUUUCGUACAUGUUCCAUCUUCUGCAACACGGACAGCUUUUCCUGCUCUGGAACGGAUGAGAGAAGUCCUAGAGCAAUAUCUAGAAGGGUUCUAAGAGGCUUUCGUAGAGGAUUCAUUGGUUCUACAAGGACACAUCCUUCUUUGGAGUUUUCAUAAUAACGAUAAUAAUGUUGUCCAAGUUUUGCUAUAUAUCUUAUCUGAUUAUUUAUGAUGAAAUUUUUUCAUCGUAAGGAUCAGUCCCGCCUAUAUGGGUUAGCAAUGUUUGGAAUCGUAGAGCUUUUGUUACCUAGUUUGAUAUCAAAACAAUUGAUUGGUAAGCUGCUAUUGAGACUGCUGAAAAGUAUUUAAGAA